GACACGCCAUUUGUUUCUAUGUCUGACAUCCUCCUCUUUUCUCUGGUCCGUGGGAGCUUUUGCAAGCGGGACCAGGCCGCAACACCCGAACCAGCAGCGAGAGAAGGAGCCCGGCAUGCGGCGCACUCAGAGUGACGACACACGCGAGUCUCCGCCCGAGUACGUCACUUCCGCAACGCUUCCUUCGCGGGGCUUUGUGGGUAGCCGACUGGGGUCUCCUGGCGACGACCAUGGCGGGGGAUGUGGGCGGUCGCAGCUGCACGGACUCGGAACUGCUGCUGCACCCGGAGCUGCUGUCCCAGGAGUUCCUUCUCCUCACUCUGGAGCAGAAGAACAUAGCUGUUGAAACUGAUGUAAGAGUAAACAAAGACAGUCUUACUGACCUUUAUGUCCAACAUGCAAUACCAUUGCCUCAGAGGGAUUUGCCGAAGAAUAGAUGGGGGAAAAUGAUGGAAAAGAAAAGAGAACAACAUGAGAUUAAAAAUGAGACUAAAAGGAGUAGCACUGUAGAUGGGUUAAGGAAAAGACCCCUCAUCGUAUUUGAUGGAAGUUCAACAAGUACAAGCAUAAAAGUGAAAAAGACAGAGAAUGGAGAUAAUGAUCGACUGAAGCCUCCCCCUCAGGCAAGCUUUACCAGUAAUGCCUUUAGAAAAUUAUCAAAUUCCUCUUCAAGUGUUUCACCCCUAAUUUUGUCUUCCAAUUUGCCUGUGAACAAUAAAACGGAACACAAUAAUAAUGACACUAAACAGAACCAUGACUUAACGCAUAGGAAAAGUCCUUCAGGCCCUGUGAAGUCGCCACCAUUGUCCCCUGUUGGAACUACUCCAGUGAAGUUAAAGCGAGCUGCUCCUAAAGAAGAGGCAGAGGCCAUGAAUAACCUGAAGCCCCCACAAGCAAAAAGGAAGAUACAACAUGUUACUUGGCCCUGAAGAAAAGUUUCCAAAAAUGUAAAUAUACUGUAACUGUAGUUUUUCAAAUAUGUUCAUAUAUAUUGACAAUAUUUACAGAAAUCCUGAUUAUUGUGGAAUUUUCUUAAGAGGUUUCAAAUAGGUUUAAAAAAAUAAAGGAUUUAUUUUCCUUCCCUUCUUCCCUCCCUCCCUUCCUUUUUUAAAAUUCUUGCCUGUCUUGCCCUGAUUAGGAAAGAAUAUCUUUUUAAACCAAUGGCUUAGUAUAUGUCAUUUAUAUUGACCCUACUGAAAUUAUUAGCUACAAAUGUGCUAUAAAGCAUCCAUUGAAUUGGCCAGGCGCAGUGGCUCAUGCCUAUAAUCCCAGCACUUUGAGAGACUGAGGUGGGCAGAUCACCUGAGGUCAGGAGUUUGAGACCAGCCUGACCAACAUGGAGAAACCCCGUCUCUACUAAAAAAUACAAAAUUAGCUGGGCAUAGUGGUGCAUGCCUGUAAUCCCAGCUAUUCAGGAGGCUGAGAUAGGAGAAUCGCUUGAACCUGAGAGGCAGAGGUUGCGGUGAGCCAAGAUCGCACCAUUGCACUCCAGCCUGGGCAACAAGAGUGAAACUCCAUCUCAAAAAAAAAAGCAUUCAGUGAAUUUUCGGAGUUACUCUCAUUAGCCUUGUUCAGAGUCUUUGGGGGAAAUUUGAGAUUUUUGAGAUUUUUUUUAAAAACUCAAAUAUUUUACUAGUUUGCCUGCCAUUUUAUUUCUUUUACAAAGCAGAAGCAUAUACCAAUUUAUCACAGUAUUUUAGUAAAUAUUGCAGCAUUCAUCCUUAAAGGUUCACCAAGAAAAGCAUCUUUGUAGUAGUGCUGGAAAACUAUUCAGAAUAUACAGAUAAAAAUGCUGUUCUUUAAUUGCUUACAUUGCUUCUUCCCAUAAAAAGCAAAAAGGAAUCAGUGCUUGCUAUUGCUCCUUUCCUUGAAGUUGUAACAAUUGAUACCUAUAUUAUGAGUUGACUGGUCGAUUCUGUACCUGGCCCAUCCUUUAGAAUGUUCUUGUCAUGUAGCAGUCCUACGUACUCUUUUCAUGAGCAGUCUGUGAUCUCACUGUGUGAGUUCAGCUAUUACUCGCUCGUGGGAGCUUAAUCUUUUCAAAAUGAAGUUGAUUUAAAAAGUCUUCAGGCAGAGUAAUCAUGUUAGAGGUGGUAUUCGAUGGAAGAAAGCUUAGAGAGUUAGGAGUGGGGGGUAGAAUUCUAGAAUUUAUAAGAGUCCAGGAAGCAUAGCAGUCAGGGGCAAAAAUUAGUGUAAUAUGGAGUAGGCAAUAGAGGAGCUACUGGAGUCGGAAGUCACUGCAGAGUGCAACAUAGGAAGAUGGACUCCAAGCUUACAUGAGAUUCCCUGCAGCUGUAAUAUAGACAAUUCCCACAUGGCUGUUCUACACAGAAUUACCUGCUAAGAUUUUUUGUUUAUUUUUGUUUGAGUGGUAUUUUCACUCCAAUUGUAUAAUGGAAAUCAGUGGGAAAAUAGGGUUUACCUUAUAUUCAUGAGUUCUAGUUUCUACUGUUCUGCUAUGUGUUUCUAAGCAAGAGCAAAGGAUACUUCAUACUUUUUUCAUUAUAUGAUUGAUCUUCAAAUUGGGAUUUACCUUUUUCAAUAUGUUUGAAAGUAGUCUUAUUCCUCUUUUGAUUUGUUAAACAAGCAUUUUAGUUCAGCUAUUGAAUAGCCUUCCAAAAAAUUAAUUUAGCCUUGCAGGUAAGUACCAUACUAAGACUUUAACCCAAUAGUUUUUAAUCAUUCUGCCUUUAUUCCAAACUGUAAAUCUGUACACAUAAGAUAAAACAUACUAAGUAUUGCAUAAAUUGUUAACGUUACAGUAAAUUGUUAUCUGCAGGGCUGACAGACAUAAUGUUGGUGGGCAACUGUGAUCCUAUACAUACAUAUAUGCAAAAGGAGAUUUUAAAAGUGCAGAUUAUAGAGUAGAUUGACAAAUUUUAUUUUAUAUUCAGUUGUCCUUUCUGCUUCCAUCUGUGUUUCUCUCUUAGUUGAGAGAGAGUUAGCCAUUUGACGAUUUUAAGUCAGUGGGAACUUAUUUUUAGUUACUCAAUAAAAUUAAUAUUUUAUUUGUAUUUUAACUUACAGAGUAGGUUGGUAAUAACAGCUGAACUGUGUAACAUUGUUGCUUCAAAUUGAAGUUUAUAUUAUGAACAUUCAGAAUCAAUGCUCAUGUAGCAGCAUAUUAUUGAGCUAUUUUGAGUUUGAAAUGUGGAGAAACGCUAAACCAUGUACUAUGUGUUAACAUAAUCCCACCUUCUUAGAGCUUUGUUCCUUCUGAAGGUGUAUAGAUACAGCUUGUCUUGAAAUGUCUUUCUCCACAUAAUGAAGCAUGCUGAAUGCUGGGAAUCUGGAGCAGCAGCCCUGGGAGCCCUGAGUUUUGAAGUGUUUUGGUUUGCUUCAAAGGUUAGAAGAACUUGAUAUGUAUGGCAAACAACUUUAGAAUACUAGUUACUCACUAACAUGAGGCGGGUAAUGUUGCUCUAGAUUCUAUAUUCCAGUAAAGCCAGCUUUUCUUAUUAUUGGAGUAGGCAAAUGAAUGGCAUUAGAAUUAGUGGGUGGCUUGUAAGUUGUAGUUAUAGGCACUUUACCACUUCCUGCCAUUAGCAGGCAUCCUUGUUUUUUCUUCUUUUCCCUCUUUGUUCCUUCUUUUCCCUUUCUCCUUAUACAUUUUCUUUCUCUACUUUAAUUCUCCUUCCUCCUUACUGUAGAUCCCAAGCUUCUAGCUUAGGUUUGCAAGUCAUAUUGCUUGGCCCUCCUCAUUCACUGAGAGGUGAAGAUAGGCUGACCCCCUGUCCUCUUACAUUUGAGGGAUCAUAGACUGCUGUGUGAAUUCUGGAAAGUCUCAGGUCCCUACAGCACCAGGGCACUGAAUGGCUUCUCAAUGGCUGUAGAGACAGUACAGUUUUCCAAAGCAGCCUAAUUCAUCUGGACAGCUACCAGGCACUUUGGAAAGUUGGUUCAGUUACUACUAUGAGGCCAUAAUAUAUUUGCUGGUUUUAAAAUUCUUCAGAAUUGGAAUUACUAUUUGAAAUAAUAUUUUGGUUGACUUAAGUUUUGAGAGACAAUUCUAAAAUUGAUCUAGAGACUCAUUCAAUAGCAAUGUGACCUUUUAAAUACUUACAUUAAGUAAAACUGCCAGUAGAUUAAAUCAUAUAUAUAUAUAUGUAUAUAUAUAUGUAAGAGCUUCCUCUAUUUACUACUGUUGAACUUCAGUAAUUUUUAGAGGCUAAAUAAUGGUCAGAAUGUUUUUAAGUGUGCUCUUUUAUUACAUGCUUGUGCAGGUUUUGUAAUUCAGUACAGAAAAGUUUAACCUUGUACAUUUUUGUAUGUAAAAAGUCUUUUAAGUAGCCUUAUCCUUAUUUAAAUAAACAGAAUAAAAUUA